GCUGUAUCCGUAAACAACAAUUAUGAGACACAGCUCUUGGAUUAGCUGCUGUUCAGACUUGAGGAACAUGUCAAAGGCACCGGAUAGCAUCCUGAGGCGCCUAAAGGUCCGACGGCAAAAGCAGCGCACUAUCCUGGCCAUGAGAUGGCGCUGUGCCAAGGGCGGCAAGGAAUUCAAGGAGCUGGAUACCUUCUAUCGAGCCAUCAGGCCAUAUCUGUGUGUAGCACAGCUGUUUGGCAUCAUGCCCCUUUCAAAUGUACUCAGUCGGGAUCCGCAGGAUGUAAAAUUCCGCCUCCGAAGCGUUGGAAUGUGCUUUACCGGACUGUUCUUGCUGCUGGGAGGGAUCAAAACUGUAAUGCAGGCGAACAUUCUCUUUAGAACGGGUCUGAAUGCCAAGAACAUGAGUGAGUUGUUGCUGGUUCUUGGGGAAUCCUCAUCCAAAAUCCUUGUUUUUGUAUUUUUUGUUGCAGUGAAUUUGGUUUUCUUGAUUGUGGGGAUCGUCAACUGGUUGAACUUUACUGGCUUCGCUCGUUCCUGGUCGAAACUCAUUCUGCCCUGGAGCUCUUUGGACAUUCUCAUGCAGUUUGCACCCUAUGCUCCGUCCAAGCACAGCCUUCGAUCUAAGCUACGCCUCAUAGGCUGUGUCGUGGGAUCUUUGGCAGUGGUGGAUCACUUGCUGUACUAUGCCUCUGGCUACUACAGCUAUCACAUGCACAUCUUUCACUGCCACACGAAUCACUCGCGUCUGUCGUUCGGAUCCUAUUUGGAGAAGGAAUUCUCAGAAACCUUCGAGCUGCUGCCCUACAACAUGUUCUCCGUUUGCUAUGGCUUUUGGCUAAACGCAGCAUUCACUUUUCUAUGGAAUUUUAUGGAUAUCUUCAUAGUCCUCACGAGCAUUGGUCUGGCGCAGCGGUUUCGGCAGUUUGCAGAUCGGGUUCUGGCAUUGCAGGGUCGUCAAGUUCCGGAUACCCUGUGGUACGAUAUCCGCCGAGAUCACAUACGUCUCUGUGAGCUGGCGAGCCUCGUGGAUGAGAGCAUGUCCAACAUUGUGCUUAUGUCCUGUGCAAACAAUGUCUACGUCAUUUGCAAUCAGGCGCUGGCUAUCUUCACCAAGCUCCGUCAUCCCAUUAAUUAUGUGUACUUCUGGUACUCGCUGCUCUUCCUGCUGGCACGCACUAGCCUUGUCUUCAUGUCCGCCUCCAAGAUACACGAUGCCUCGCUUCUGCCCCUUCGAACGCUCUAUCUGGUGCCCAGCACUCACUGGACAGAGGAGGUGCAGCGGUUCGUCAGUCAAUUAACCUCAGAGUUCGUUGGACUCUCUGGCUAUCGUUUAUUUUACCUCACACGCAAGAGUCUAUUUGGGAUGAUGGCUACACUCGUGACCUACGAGCUAAUGCUCCUCCAAAUGGAUGCCAAGAGCCACAAGGCUGGUCUCCCCGAUCUGUGUGCCUAAAAAAUUGAGUUUCAAUUAUUUUAUGCCCAUGUUUUGUGCAACAGGAAGGGCGUCAUGGGGUUGGGGCUUUCUUUUGGUUUCAAUAAAGAGCCAAAAUUGGUAAUUGGCCAUUUGAAAUAUCA